GGCAUGGUGGAUCAUAGCAUUUGUGCUGUCGUUGUCUUUUUGCUUCAAUUCCAUCUUCGCCGUGUGGUUAAAAUGGCGUGAUAGUCCAAUCAUUAUUACCUUCGACAAUAAACCGACGUUAAUCGGCGAUAUUCCGUUCACAGCGGUCACAAUUUGUCCAUUAACUAAAACUUCUUCGAAGAAAUUCAACUAUACCGAUGUUUAUCGUUCGAUGUUCAAGCUGGAUGGGAAUGAUUCAAGGAAAGUUUCCGAGAAUGAAUUAAAAGUAGUGCAAAUUGUCAGCCAAUUGUGCAACGACCGGAUUGCACGUGAUGUAUUCGAUUUAUUCAACGAGAAUUAUACGGACAGUUCAAUUCAAUCGAUAAUCAGUGAGUUGGCGCCAAAAUUUGAUGAUACAUUUGUCCGGUGCAAGCAGUUUGACCGGUGGACAGCAUGCGAUCAACUAUUAUUCCCAAUCAUUACCGAAGAGGGUCUUUGCUACGUAUUCAACGGGUUCAAUAUCAAUGACAUCGUCACAAAUGAAUUAACGUCAGAGUUUUUUGGUAUGAGAAAUGAUCAGCCACCGUCAAACUGGGAUUUGGAAUCCGGAUAUGAUGAAUCAAUAAAAAAUGAUAAAUAUCCGCAUAGAAUCUAUGGCACUGGUAAUCAAGCCAGUAUUAUCAUUGUACUGCGAGUUGAUAACAAUGACAUUGAUCAUUUGUGCAGCGGUGAGGUGCAGGGCUUCAAAGUUAUAUUUCACCCGCCACAUGAUGGGCCUCAAGUACUCAAACGUUAUUUCCAAGUUUCACCCGGAAAAACAGCACAAUUCAGCAUUGAUCCACGAUUCACCUAUUCCACGCCAAACGUUAAGAAAUACCGCCCAGAUGUCACACAAUGUUACUUCUCUUCAGAAAGAAAGUUGCAAUUUUACAAAAAAUAUAGUCAACAUAACUGCGAAGUUGAGUGCUUGGCUAAUUUUACUCUGACCAAAUGUGGAUGCGUUAAAUUUACAAUGCCCAGAACGAAAGAGACAAAAGUCUGCGGUUCAGCAAAAAUUGACUGCGCUUCCAAUGCCGGUAACAAUAUUUAUCGCGACGGAGCGUUUUAUAAGUGCAAGUGUUUGCCAAGUUGUGUGUCAUUAUCGUAUGACGCAGAUAUAUCAAUUGCUGACUACGAUCUCGUCAGCCAUUACUCAAAGGCACAAUUUCAACCGGAUCACGUUUUCAAUCGGAUCGAUUUUGAAAAUUCAACUUUCAGUCGAUUGGUGAUUUCGUUCAGAGAAGAAUCUUUUAUUCCAUCGAAACGUGACGAAUAUUAUACUCUCAGCGAUUUUUUGGCAAAUUCUGGAGGCUUAAUUAGCCUUUGCUUGGGAGCAUCUACAUUGAGCUUCAUUGAACUACUCUAUUAUUUCACGAUUCGAAUUAUAUUCUCGAAGCGUUCACAACAGAAAACGAAACAACAACCAAUUUCCACUAUUUUGCCCACAUACAACUCAUACAAUCAAGUAACUGGCCGCAACACAACCAUAAAACCCAUCAAACAAAUGAUGUAUUUACCAUAAAAUGAUAUUUUGGCACAUUCUAUAUCCAAAAG